UUGGUUUUUUUACAUUUCAUUUUUCUGUCCCGUCUUUGCCGCCCGCCACCGCCUCCGCGCGCACCGCUCAUUCCGGUUCUCGCCGUGACGGUGGAGCGCGGCGCGCGCGCGCGCUUGCCGGGUUUUUUUUUUCCGUCGCCCUUACCACCGCGCCCCGCCCCCUCGUCACCACCGACGUUUAUUACGUACGCCGUCGGCCAGUCGCACACGCACCGUCGUCUCCCCCGAAUGUACUGUAGCCACCGCCGCCGCCGGUGUUUACAGUGUGUACGGUGUCGUUUACGAGCGUGUGUCGUAUCGUAUAUUAUCGGCAGACGCCGCCGCGGAGCUUUACGAGUCUCUGACGACGCGCCGCCGCCGGGCAAUCGCGAUUAUUAAUUAUUCAAUUUUUAAAUUCAAUAGUUCUUCUGUCCCGCACAGGUCGCGUGCCCUGUCGUCUUAUCAGUAGUAGUAAAAAACGAAAAUUAUAAUAAACAACAAUAAUUAUUAUAUCAUACAACAAGGUUGAUAAAUACCUAAGUGAAAACGAAUAUUAAUUGUAUCUUGUGAUUUCGUGUAUAUCCUUGGAUCACCGUAGAGUACCUACUCGUCCUGAGUCAUGAGCACCGCCAACGUUCACGGGGUAACCGGACACAUUGCUACACGGAAGUGAUGAAGGGGAUAUUAUGGCAAUCAAUUUCUCAGCAUCAUUUGCAGCAUGUCUGGCAGCAGGCCUCAAAGUUCCUCGGAAUUUUAUGUACUGCAUUGCCCAAGAGAAUGGUGCUCCAUAUGUUAUAUACAACAAAGAUGGUCACCAUCAACAAGGGCCAAACAGCAGUAAUGGUCAAUGGGGUCCGGGGCCUUCACAAAACGGUUACCCGGCUCUUGUAUCAUCUCAACAUGAACCAGCUGAACAAUCAACUGAACAAGCAUCUCAAUCAACCAUUGCUUCACCUAUACCAUCACCAUACCCGAAUACCAAUCAUUCAAUUCAAGGUUCUGGAAAUGGUGGAGAAGAUGAAACACCACCAGAAGACAGUGUUGUUGAAUCUGAUCGAACCCAACCAGGCCAUUAUGGUCCGGCCGACCCUUCCAAUUACUAUUCUGGUGUGAGAGGUGGGCCUCCACAUAUGUUGAGUCCAUCAAGUUUCAUGUCCUAUUUAAAACAGCCUGGUGUCAUGUUAACUCCACUAAAUCCAGCUGAAGCGUCUGGUGAUUUUCCUAAUAUGCCAGACCUUAUUCACCAACAACAAGAAGCAUCGGGAAAAAAAGGUUCUGAUCUGCGUCUAUUCAAAUGUCUUGCUUGUGGCAAAGAUUUUAAACAAAAGGCUACACUAAUGCAACACGAACGAAUUCAUACUGAUUCAAGACCAUUUGUGUGCAGUGAUUGUGGUAAACGGUUUCGUCAACAGUCUCAUCUUACGCAGCAUGUGCGUAUACAUGCUAAUGAAAAGCCGUUUGUAUGUGUUUACUGUGAGCGAACCUUCAGACAGCGAGCAAUCCUUAACCAGCAUCUACGGAUUCAUUCGGGUGAGAAACCGUACGGGUGUGGAGACUGCGGCAAGGCGUUUCGGCAGAAAGCCAUCCUGAACCAGCACGUCCGCACUCACCAAGAUGUGGGCCCUCACUUAGUUUAUAAAAAUGGGCAACUUUGGCCACAAGAUGUGCCAUUACCGCAAUCUAAAAGUGGACAAUAUGAUUCAAAUGAUCCAUGUUUUUCUCCAGAAAAUGCACCUCAGUUCCCUGCAUAUUUUAAAGAUGCCAAAGGUGUGGUGCAUGAGAUAUUUGGCCAGGCUGGUAAAAGUUUACCCGACGUAAUCCAACACGGUCGCAGUGCUGGUAUGCCACUAUUUGUCCGUUGUCCAAUAUGUAAUAAAGAAUUUAAACAGAAGUCUACAUUACUUCAACAUGGUUGCAUUCAUAUAGAAUCUCGGCCUUACCCUUGUGUUGAGUGUGGUAAACGAUUUCGACAACAAUCACACCUCACCCAACAUCUACGCAUACACUCAAAUGAAAAACCGUUUACAUGCAUUUAUUGUGGACGGAAUUUCAGACAACGCACUAUACUAAAUCAGCAUUUACGUAUACAUACAGGUGAGAAACCAUAUAAAUGUUUGCAAUGUGGAAAAGAUUUUAGGCAAAAAGCCAUUCUCGAUCAACAUACAAGAACUCAUCAAGGAGAAAGGCCAUUUUGCUGUCCAAUGCCAAAUUGUCGUCGUCGGUUUAGUACUGAACAGGAAGUAAAACGUCAUAUUGAUAACCAUAUGAACCCUCAUGCAAAUAAACGUAGAUCCGAUAGUGGCAAACCAGGCAGACCACCACAUUUAAAUACUAUACUCAACCAACCAUCAGGCAUAGUUAAACCUGAGUUAUACUUCCCUCAGUGCUAUGGAAUGCCAUCACCUUUUGCAAACCACCAUCAUCCCCAACAGAGUUUUGUGUCUUCUUCUCCGGUUAAUCAUGUUCCUCCGCCUCCACCAGAAUUUAAAGAUGCAAGAACAGUAGUUAAUAAUACAACAGAUUUUAAGUCGCCUGCAAAUCUAACAACUGCUGCGCCAAUAGCAGUUGUUCAAUAAAAUUUGAAAACUUGUCAAUUAUGGUUAGUACAUAAAAGUGGUGAAUGUGAUAUAUUCUAAACUUUUUGAAUGGAUAAUUGAUUAUUUUUUUUAAUGACAAAACAGAUGUAGUCCGUAAAACAUUAGUUGUGGGAAGUUGUUUGUCAAAAAGACUUAAACCCUUGCGUUACCAUAUUGUUCUCUCUAAAAUAUUCUUAACUAAUACAUGUUACCAAUAAAAUAUAAUAUAACACAUAA